AUGGAUAUUGGUCCAAAAGAUAAAAUCAGCAAUCUACCAGAAGCUCUGAUUUGCCACAUAUUGUCAUUCCUUCCCAUAGAAGAUUCUGCUUUGACCUCAGUUCUCUCAAAGAGAUGGCGCUAUCUCUUUGCUUUCAGACCAAACCUUGUUUUCGAUGACUCGGUAUGUCUACGUCCACCAUGUGGACAUGGUGUUAUUCCAGACUAUGUCACAUCUUGGAUACUCAAUGUGUUAGAGCGUGGGGUAUUGGAUCUUGACUUGCAAGUUAAUGUGAAUGGGGUUCGUCUGCCUUCAAAGGUCUUUGUGAGCAAGUCACUGGUUAGGCUGAGAAUAGAAUCUGGAAAUGUUCGUGGCAUUGAUGUGGACGAUGUUUUUCUCCCAAAGCUAAAGUCUCUCUAUCUUCAUACAAUUAUGUUGGGAAAAGGUGAAGAUUGCUUCGAAAAACUUACUUCUGGUUGUCAUGUCCUUGAGGAAUUAGUUCUGAAUAAUGUCUACUCCAAUGUUUGGAACCGCUCUGUGUCUUCCAAAACCCUCAAGAGACUAACGCUAUGGUGUACAGAGUCGUAUGAUAAAAAUCCGCAUAGUGUUUUGUUUGAUACACCAAAUCUUGUCUACUUGAAAUACUCCGAUUAUGUUGCGGCAAAGUAUCCAAAAGUGAAUUUCAGUUCGCUUGUUGAUGCCACUAUUGGUCUUGCAAUGACAAGUGAUCAGGAUGCAAAUGCAAGCUAUGAUGCUUUGGUCGGCAAUGCAACAGACUUUCUAAUGGGAAUAUGCAAUGUUCAGAUCCUUUGCUUAUCUGCCAACAGUCUUGCGGUUCUUACUUUCUGCUGUGAAUCAAUACCGGUAUUCAACAACCUGAUUCAGUUAACUAUUAAGACUAACCAAAGCGUAGGAUGGGAAUCAUUGCCAGCUCUACUCAAGAACUGUCCAAUUCUAGAAACCCUUGUCUUCGAAGGACUCCUGCACAUGUAUACAAUAAAAUGCGGGGAUGUUGACGGUUGCCUAUGCAAAUAUUCAGGGGAGGUUCCCAGUUGCUUAUCAUCAAGUCCAGUGAAGGUUUUAAAGAUAUUGAGAUUUGGUGAAUAUGGUAUAGUCAAUCAGAUAGAGAUGAUCAAGAUCUUCCUAGAGACAAUGCCGCAUCUUGAACAACUGACAGUAUACUACAAUACACCAAUUGGUGGUGAUCUGAUUGAAGAAGUGUCAAGCCAACUUAAGAACUUUGCUAGAGAAGCUUCACCAAAUUGCGAGAUCCAAGUAAUCCCUGAUGUCCUUAGCUAAACCACAAGAUUCUCCUCUUCAAUUACCCCUUUGUUCUUAGUUUUUGUGACUUGUGUUGUUUGAUGAUUUUUCAUCUUUAUUGGGGAUGCUCGAUUAAUUAUCUUUUGCUUGGUUGUUUGUUAUACAAGCCACUGCAAAAAUAAAAUAAGUCGAACU